AUGGAUGUUGAGUUAUCCACACUGUUCGACGAUGUACGCAUCCUUCAGAUGGGGAGGAUGUUCCAAUUGGCAGCAACAUUAGUUGUGGUGUACGAUCACGUGCUUUGUUCUCAGAGAGAGGUGGACUUGAUUUGGAAAAGAUCAAAGUCUCUUGUGUCACACCUCUACUUUACGACCCGUUACUUUGGGGAUGCUAUCUCAAUAAUUAGUGCAAUAUUGUUUAUGGGCUCGACAUUUUCAGUCAAUCACAUAUGUCCGAUUUAUAUCCUCUUGCUAAUCAACGACACUCUUUGCAUCAGUUGUCGUAUUCUAUUUCACUUCCAAUCCUACGGGCCUUUUGUGCCAGUAUGGGCUACACAAACAAUCAUGCAACUGCGCAUUUACGCCAUGUAUCGCAAGUCAAAGAGGAUUCUAGCGUUCACAGGAGUCUGCUUUGUGCUCGAGAUCGCAGCCAUUUGCACGGUCCUGGCGCUAAACUUCGACCGCUCCUUAACAUAUACCAAUGAAGCCAUACCCGGGCUUCUCAACAUGUGUGCAACGUCGACUAUCAAUAGAAGCUUCACGGCCAUCUACGUGCCUAUCUUUUGUUUCGAACUUUUACUUUUCGCCCUUGCCAUAUUUGUUGCGUUCAAGCACAUGAGGAACACCCAUACAAUUGCUGGGAAGAGACUUCACAACACGAUGGCGACACUGGUCAAGUACAACACGAUCUACUUCUUCGUCGAAACGGCCGGAUGUGGUAUCGCCGCGGCGUUGUAUCUUGGUCUUCCGUCAAUCUAUUUGGAGAUCACGAAUUCAGCGCUUAUUGCAACCACGAUCAUCCUUGGGAGCCGACUUGUGCUUGCCACGCGUAAUUUCUACUCUGACCCAUCCGCGGAAGAUUGUUGGGGCCCGAGCCAUGGGUCCACUUGUGUGAGCCCUAUGUUUACCCAACCUUCAUUAUUUGGGCCAUUAUCCAGUCAUAUGGAGAUGUCGAUUAUCAGUGCCAAGGGUCAUCAUCUGGAUACAAGUGAUGACGCUGUAUAG